AUGAGCAAUAGUGUAAAUGGGGAUGACUUUUCUGAAAGAGAGGAUUGCGAUCUCGAAGACGAUGAUCAAAUGCCCUAAUUAAACAUGGAACAAGUAACUGAAAUUAAAACAAAAGGUUUACACAUCAAUGACAUCUGAACACAAUGGAAUCUUUGCCCAAUCAUUUCUCAUCUCGAAAUAAAUUACAUCCAACCUCAUCAAACAAUCAUUAAAAAUCGCAGAAGAACAAGUAUUACCAUCGUUUCUAAGUAGUUUAUACAAAAGCAAAUUCCCCUAAGUUCCAAUGCAUAAGUGAUGACCAUAAUGGAAUUGAUUGUAGCCAGUUAUUACAAUGAAGAUGGAUUGCCCAUCAAUGGAUGUAAUAUGACUGAAGAUGGCGAACCUGUAUAUAUGCCUAUCUAUUAAAGAAUGUAAUACAUUAUGAUCGUUGGAGGAGAAAUAGAGUCAACAUUGAAGAAAUGAAUUAGUCAUUUUCUGAUAAUGAAGAGGAAUAUGUUGAAAAUGAAUUGCCAUCGCAACACAAUAGCUAAAAAAAUAACAAGUUACGAUUUUCUGUUUUGGAAAAGAAAAAAACACCAGUUGUUGCACCACCAAAAUCAAGUCAUUCAGAAAUAAGAUUGAUAGAAUUUUAAGUGGCAGAGGAUGAAGAUGAAUAUAUUGAUAAAUUAAGAUAGAAGAAAUUGUAUGAUAUUAAGAAGAAGAUUGAAAUUGAACAGAAAAUGAAAGAAGACAUUAUUCAAAAUUAAGUACCAAUUUAAUUAUUACCUUUUAGAAAAAAGAAUAAUCCUCCAAUAAAUACACCUAUGAUUACGAUGGCAAAAUUUUACUAUCAAGAGGAGUCAAAUACGAUAAAUUAUAGCCAACUGUAACGAAGUUAAAGGUAGAGAUGAAGGAUCUUCCAAAAACAACCAAUUAAUAGAAUAUUCAGCAAAGCAACUCAAAAAAGGGAAGCAAAUAAGUUAUCUAAACUUAAUAGCCAGUGCUCAUUCCACCUAAAGCCAGUGCAGACAUACCGAACAAAGUAAAAUCAUGAAUUAUAUUAGAAUAUCAUAGAUCGAAAGGACGUAGCUAAAGAUGCAACUGGAGAUAAAGGACUUCGUAUUGACAGAGGAGCCUAAUUACCUUAUGAUACCUUCUCUAUGACAAAUGGUGUUAAAUUGAUCUACGAUUCGAGAUACAAGGAAGGAAUCAGGUAUUAGAUUAGUGAUUCAGCUGAGUAAUUACAAUAUAGAUUGUCAGGACAAAACUUUUUACCUGGUGAUGACAUAAGUAAAUAAAUGCAACAAAUUCGGCUAACUCGAGCAGAGUAUAAGAUGUUGACUGACAAUGGUAAUCCAUUUCAAUAAUAAACUAAAUCUUAAUUUAUACCUUAGGAGAGUGUUGAAACAAAAAAGACCUUAGAAAAUACUAAACUUGAAAAGACAGUUCAAUUCAAUGAGAGUCAUCUUGUUAUGAAUAAGUUUUAGACCAACAAACCUUAAUUAUAGAAAAUUGAGACUCAAUCGGAGAAGAUAUUGACAAAAAAUGCCAAAUUACUUGAAAAUCUGUUGGUCCAACCUCAUAAGCCUGAUACUCCGAGUCAACCAGUUAAGCAAAGUGAACCAUAGAUUAAGUUAGUAAUUUUCAUCUUAAUUAGAAAUCCUAUUGACACUUUUAAUCAAUCCUUGCUCAACUCUAAGGAAUGGGGCAAGGCUAAUGCCAAGAUUGGGUACUUUCCACCUGUGCGUGUGUCGUAGCAUCGAGGACACAAUGGGUCAUUAGAAUAACUGUAUUGUUUUUGAUCCAUGAAUCUAGUUACAAGCUGCCCAGGGAUAGAAUCAAUGUGCAAUAAUAGAGAACUCAAAGUGAGUUCUAUAAAUUGUUACCGAAGAGAUCUGCGCAUUAAUCAAUGAGUGAAGGGAUGUUGUAGACAUUUUACACUACACAUUCCAAGUUUGAUGAAAAACUUAGAUAAUUUUGA